UUCAUAAUUUUUGCUGGUGGACGAGAAGAAUGGCAGACUCGAAGGUGCGUUGCAGUCUUCCGCUACGAGCGUUGAACCGGCACUCGCCAACCGGCCCCAGAGCACCACUUACGUUAGUGUGCUCUUCAUCCCCACAUUUUCCCACGCCGCAUUGCGCCAUCGCAGGUUCUGGACCAAGUCAACACGGACAUCAACGUAUGAUACACGGGUGUUCUUAUGUCCUAGUGCUCCAACGCCUCAUGCCUCCUCUCUCUUGCUGACCAUUUGCAGAAUGUGCUGACCCGCAUGGACGAAGUAGAAAAGCGACUGGCGGCUGAGGCCAAGCAGGUGGACGGCCCCGUGGGCGGUGCCGACCUACGCGAAUACCAGACACAAGUGCUGCUCAAGCUGCGCGCCAUUAGAGACACGAUGCUGAAGGAGGGCUCGAGCCUGGAGCAGUUGCGCAAGGAGCGCGACCAAGCCCGCAACGAGCGCGAUGCCCUGAAAAAGCAGGUGGACAAGCUUAACUAUCGCGUGCACCAUCUCAAGCAGCACGUGCCCGUGCCAUCGCCUGCCGACAUGAAGCUGUAAGGCAUACAGUAGCAUGAUCGCCGCGUAUCCUCUUAUACUACCAGUCGAGACAAAUAUAGUAUCCGUGUAGCUAAGAUCCUGCACCUCUGAUGGCGAAGGGUGUCAAUCAACAAUUUCACGCAUCUGAUGGCAGUCGGGCACGACCUUGUCCACUGCCUGUUAACAAAGCUUACUUCUGUAGCUUUAGCCAGUUUAGGCAGCAGCCACGACACGAUGUCUCCGCGAUUUGGCCAUUUCCCUUCCUUGGAUAACAUUCAAUAAAAAGGAAAUGUUUUUUUUAAGAG